UUUUCCGUGUCCACGUCUCAAGUUUUUUCCCAGUUUGAUUCAUUAAUCUUUGAUUUUUUCAAAACAAAAAAUAAUUCCAUCAAUCAUGGCCGAUGCUGAUCUUCCUAUCGAUAUACAAACUAAUAAAUUAUUGGAUUGGCUAAUUAGUCGUCGUCAUUGUAAAAAAGAUUAUCAAAAAUCAGUCGAUACAAUUCGUAAUAAGAUACGAUUGGCCAUACAAGAUAUGCCACAGAUUGAUGAAGUUCGUGAAUUAUUACAACGUAAUGUAUUCGAUUAUUAUGUCUGCCAACGUAUAAUUGAAAUAUUGAAAAAUACGGAUAAAAGUUCGAAAAAUAUUUUUGGACAAUAUACAUCGAAAAGAUUUCAGGAUUGGCAAGAAAUUUGUAAAAUUUAUGAAAAAGAUAAUGUUUAUCUAGCUGAAGAUGCACAGACAUUGAUACGAAACGUGAACUAUGAGGUACCAUCAUUGAAAAAAUGUCAAUCUAAAUAUGAACAACAAAUUUCCGAUAUUGAACGAUCAAUCGAAACAAGCCAAAAACAAUCGAAAAAUUUUCUUAAUGAAUAUAAUGCUAACUGUAAAAAAUUGGCUAUUAAUGGUGAUAAUAUACGUGAUGAACUUUAUUCACAAUUGGAAAUAUUACCAGAAAAAAUGUCUAUUCUUGCCGAAAAGAUACCGUCAUUAAUAUCGGUUUGUAAUUAUUAUAAAGCAUUCGUACAUUUUGUAUCACAACAAAGUGAAAUUGAAUGUUUACCAAAUCUUCAUUAUCUAUUGGCUAAAGGUAAUACUACAUGGUAUGAAUAUCGUACUGGCCAUAUACCUGAUUCAAUUGAAGAAGUAAAACUUGGCAAAUCAUCAUUGAUAGCCGAUAAUAGGGAUGAAAAUGUUAUUGAUUUUGGUAAUGAUAAUAAUCAGAUUGAUUUUGGUGAUCAAAUUGAUUUCGGUGAUGAUGAUCAAGCAUCAUCAACAGAUACACCAUCCACUGGUAAUGGUGAUUUUGUUAAAUUAGAUAAAGAAGAUUUAAAUGUUGAAAUUGAUGAACCAAUCAAAGUGAUUGAUGAUGAAUAUUCCAAACAUUCAGAAGAACAACAAUUGGUAAAAAUUGCACAUGGUGAAGAUGCUCUUAGCGUUUUGCUUCAUACGGAAUUUCGAAAUAAAUUCAUCAAUGAAUUGAUUGAAAUUGAAUAUUUCUUACGUGAAAGAAUCGAUGAAAUGGAAUCUGAUCAUGCAUUAGCGUCAUAUCUGUUUCAAUCGGCCCCAAGUGUUGUACAAUUGACCGGUAUUGAUGGUCUACAUGAAAUGAUGACCAUCGUCAUACAAUUACGAGAAGAAUUUGAAUCACCUGCAUUGAAAGCAUUGUAUUAUAUGAAAAAUAGUCCAAAAUAUAUUGAAAAUUUAUACAAAAAAUUGAAUCAUUUGAAAAUAUUAUCAGAAAAAGCAACGAAAAAAGCCACAGAUUUAGAAAUGAAACGUUCGGAAUUAUUACAAGAAUUAUCUGGUAUCGGACCACAAAUUCAGGAACAAAUUCAACAUACAAAACACAUUCAACGACGGAUCGAAGAUGCAAUAUCGAAAAAAUACAAUAAUCGAAUGGUAAACAUUAUGGGCGGUGUACAGGUGUUGUGAACAAAAAAAAAUGUGUUUAUCAUAUUGUCGUUAUUUUUUUUACAAAUUGAAAUUGUUUUUUUUUGAAAU